AGUGUGCAAAGUGGCACUUUGCUGCACAUGGAAAGUUUUUGAGUGCAGCAUAGGGACUUUGCACUUGCGAUACACAUUAUAUUUUUCCUACAGUUACUAUAAACCAUAUAAAUAAGUAGUCUUUCAAACACUAUACAAAACUUUUUUAGGUUAGGUUAAAUCCAAUAAAAGAACACUGUUUUGUGUUGUUUGAUUAAAAUAAAACACAGGAGUGCGGAAAAGAAAAAGAGUGCGGCAAAAGUGAGUAAAUGCAGUAAUUAGCUAGUUUGCGUGCUAAAAAUCAGUGCAAAGAAGCCCACUUUGUCAGCCAGAAUGACACAAAAGCUGCCAGAGUGGUUGGACAAGACAUUCCUACAAGCUGCUCUUCAAGGAGGAGAAGAUAACGAGCCCAAAGUGACAGUUAAUGAUUUUACUGCAGAACUAGCGGUAGCGGCCGGUAACAACUACACAAGCCAAAUCUUCAGGGUGGUCGUGAAAUACACAGCAAAUGGAUCAGAAGAUAAAUCCACAACUCUUAUUGUUAAGGCACCUCAUACUCAGAUGCAAGACAUGGGAGCAGAACUUGGACUAGGUGAAUGGUUCAAGAAAGAACCUGUACUAUACAACAUUAUUUUGCCAAAAAUGAAAGAAAAGAUAAAAGUCGACUUUGGCCCUAAAACAUAUUUCAGUGCACAAAAAAGUGUGUUGGUAUUUCAGGAUCUGAAAGAAACAGGGCACAUCAUGUGUGAUAAAUUUAAACAAUUGGAUUACACUCAUUGUGAGGUAGUGUUGAAAAAUUUAGCGAAGUUCCAUGCCGUUUCAGUCGCUCUUCACAGUGAAAAUCCUGAAGAAAUCGAAACACUCGGAAUAGAGCCCAUAUUUAGGGAAGGUAAUCCCAUGCAACAAUUGAUGGAGUCACUUUUGGUGUUUGCGAUAGAAAUUAUCAAAGAAAGCUUGAAAAAUACAGAGAAUGGUGAACCUGCCUUACAGUUUUUGCUUGGCAAGCAAGAAACACUGUACAAUUCCUUGAUAGAAAUUGUUAAACCCAAAAAAGAAGGUUUGAAUGUUAUGAACCAUGGAGAUUUGUGGAACAACAAUAUGAUGUUCAAACACUCAGAGUCAGGAGAAGUGGAGGAAGUAAAGUUCAUUGACUUUCAAGUAUUACGAUACACGAGCCCGGCCAUCGACAUUCUGUACUUCAUCUGGACCAGUGCAGACGAAGAAGUGCGGGAAAACAGACUACAAGAGUUGUACGACAUUUACCUACAAGAACUCAACGAAUGUCUAAAACUACUAGGAUGUGAAGAGAGGUACACUUCUGAAGAGUUAUGGCAAGAUUUAAAGAAUUCGGUUGACUUUGCUCUUGUAAUUGCAUGUCAAACUUUGCCCAUGACAUUCGCUGAAGAAAAGGAUGCUCUUGACAUGGCUGAAUUCGACAUGAAAGAGUUUGCAAACAUGACUAACAGUGGUGAUAUGGACCCAAAUUUACUGAGAUUAUACAAUGGAAAAUAUUACAAAGCCAAAGUACCAAAAAUCAUCCAACAAAUUUACCAGACCUUACAUUAAAAGUUGCUCUAAAGGUUAAUGUUCUAGCUCUUUGCACAGAUAUGUUGUUGAGAGGAAAUUAGUAUUAAAAAGACUACAUUUUUUUUAUAAACAUCAUCUUGACAACAUAAAACAAAAAAAAAUAUUUGUUGUAAAUGUAAAUAAGUUGUAGAUAAUGAUAUCAUUAAUUAAUCAACCUUAAAAUUUGUCACAUAUUUUAAAAUCAUGUGUUUUACUAACAAUUAUAUUGUGUUAUUAUUUUAUUCAAUGAUGACUCACAAUUAAAAAUCUAUUAUAUUAUUAAAGUGAUACAAUCAAAUUUUAUGUAAACGGUUAAGGCCAUUUACCAAAUAAAAAUAUAGGCAUAUGACACAUACAAAUGAAGCUUAGAGUGUGUAGACUUGCCAAAAAGUAUUGAUAUGGACGAAUUUCCUAAGGGCUCUGCCCCACAGGCUGAUUUCCAAAGGCUACGCCUGCCAUGCUUCCUAAGUUUACAUGAUUUAAUUUAAUUUAGUUAAUGAAACAGCUGGUCAGUACAAUGAA